ACUUUAACUUUGUUUUACAAGUUUGAAUACUCAUCAUACGAUUUAAAAUGAAAAAUCAACCACAACCUGUGUAAGGUCUUGGGUUGUGGCGUAUACUUGAAUGGCUACCACCACUCGAACACUGGUGAAGGAGAUGUUGUGCCUCUCUUCUUCCACACUUGCCAUUUCUUCGCUUCGUCUUCGCUGUCCUCCUUCUCCUUUUCCCUCCUCACUUCAAUUACGCCGUUCCAACCCUACCAUUCUAUUUACUGCAAUUCGAUGCUCUUCCUCAGAUUCAGGUAGUGACAACAAAGUAUCGUCUCGCCUAUCACAGGUUCAGCAACUCCUUCAACAAGCCGAGCACCGAGCACUCUCCGCCAACGAAGGCCCUCCUCCCAAAAUCACCUUGGAUCAUGUUACAGUGAGCUUUGCCAGAAGUGGAGGACCUGGGGGCCAGAACGUGAAUAAAGUAAACACUAAGGUGGACAUGCGCUUCAACGUUAAAAAUGCAUAUUGGUUAAGUGACAGGGUCAGGGAGAAGAUUAUACAGAUGGAGAAAAACCGUAUUAACAAGGAUGGGGAGCUGGUGAUUUCUUCAACCAAAACUAGAACACAAAAGGGUAACAUUGACGAUGCUUUGACAAAGCUUCAGGAAAUCAUUGAUGCAGCAUCUUAUGUCCCGCCACCUCCCUCAGAAGAGCAAAAGAAGAAAAUUGCUAAGAUGGCUGCCAUAGGAGAACAGAAACGGCUCAAAAGCAAGAAGGUGCUUUCAGAUAAGAAGGCGUUCAGAAGAAGUAAAAAUAGCUGGGACUAAUUUGUUGUUUUCCGGAAUCUUGAAACUGUUGUAUCAUUUUACGUGCAGAAGCAAAUGCUCUGAUACUACCAUACCGAAUGGUUGAAUAUAACAAGAUUUGGAAGAACAUAGCCCAAUAAUCAACCAGUCUGCUGGAAGGACCUCAAAAGUUGUUUGUGGCUGCCUAUUGAUAGUUGGCCAGAAUUGUGAUGUAGCUAGGAUUUUAACCGAUACGAUCUUUUCAAAUAGAAAUAUCAUAUAUUGGUUGAAUCUUUUAAAUUUCCCUGGAAUGCUCAAGUCCCCCUUUAGGGGCUCUUUGCACGUAUCCCGACUGAUAGAUCAAAGAUCUAUAGUCAUUGUAGAUCAGCAACCCGAAAACGUGCUUUAACUUAAAAAUAUAUUAAUGGUAAUACAAAAUGAGCUACGGGGGCAAGGAAUUUUGUUAUUAAGGUAGCUGGGAAGGUUGGUUCCUUAGUCGAUUCGUAUUGAUACAAUUCUGUGAUAGUAUUUUUAAUUUUGGCCAAGCAGGUAGAAGAACAAUGCCGUCUGUAUAAGCUAAUUAUGUUAAAUUAUAAAAUUUGGUGCGCGUUGCUC